GGCGCCUUGAUGGUCUGGCGCCUCGACAAUGCUGGACCAUCCGAUGGUCUGGCGCCUUAACGACACCGGACCAUCGGAGGAAAGACAGGGGCAAAGCAGUUGUGCCAUCUACUCCAACCCUUACUUAGAUGUCACAGCAACAGUGGGAACAGCAGCGCCAACAGCUGCUGCAAUCGCAGUGGGAACAGCAGCGUCUGCAACUGCUGUGCCGGACGCCUCGAUGGUCUGGCGCCUCGACGACGCCGGACCAUCGGAGGGAAGACAGGGGCACAACAGCUACACCAGCAGAGGACCCAGCAGGAGCACUAGCAGCUGCUGCAACCGCAACAACUCCAACCACAGCAGCUGCCGCAACAGUGGGAUGAGCAGCACCAAUAGCUGUUGUGACCGACGCCUCGAUGGUCCGGCGCCUCGACGACACGGGACCAUCCGAUGGUCUGGUGCCUUGACGACGCCGGACCAUCGAAGGGAAGACAUGGGCCUAGAGAGAGCACCAGCAGCUGCUGCAACCACAACAACUCUUACGGAGGGUCCGCCGUUUUGACGAUGGAAUAAAAAACAAACAAUGGAAAGCCACAACACACAGACAAAAAAAGGCCUGCAUAACAUACCUUUGGAUGCCAUCUCCGCCUGCGGGAGGCCGUCCCGAUGGGGUGCUGGAUGGUUGCGCUGAAUGGUCGUGGUGGUGACCUUAAACGGAUAUAUCACAACGACGGUUGAUGGGCGAUGCAGUUACACAAUUGGGUCGGCGCUAUGUAGUAGCCUCGUCGACGCUUCGCCCUCGUCACAGCUCCGCCUUUUAUACUGGCAAACAAUGGACAAUGAAACAUGUAAGUUAACGAAGUGUCAAUGAACGUGUCAAAGCUCG